AAUGACCGGGGGUGGGACUUGGGAGUCCACGAGAGAUCGAUCCCCUGUCCUGUUCAGUUGGCCAGUUCGACACGAAACACACGGCAAAACCGCAACAGAAAAGCCUUGGAAGGGUCGAGGCGGAAGCAGAACAAGCCGAGGAGGGGAGAAGAUUCGGAUGGGGGCGAAGAAGCAGGGAGGAGGCGGCGGAGGAGACCAGAAGGGCCUCCUGUGGAGGCUGCCGAAGGUCACCUCUAAGGAGCUCGGCAAGAUAGGCCCCGCCCUCGGAAUCGGCAUCGGCUGCGGCGCCGGCGCAGGCGUCGGAUUCUUUGGCGGUGCAGGAUUAGGCUAUGGAUUUCCUGGACUCACAUUAGGCUUUGGAGUUGGAGCUGGAUGUGGUGUAGGAAUUGGUUUUGGUUAUGGGUUGGGCAAAGGAAUUGCAUACGAUGAAAACAAAAGAUACUCCAAUGUUGGCAAAAUGUUCCAGGAAGCUCCACAUCUGCCUACGGACACUGUUGUUGGUUUAUUUGACGAGCUGGUUAUAAACACCAAGAAGUUUGUGUCAGCAACAUCAAAAGGAAUCGAAAAAUGGCGUUGAGCUGCACCACUGCAUUGUCGUCUCUAUUAGUCAGUGGAGAUUGCGAGCAGCAUUCAUCUUGAACAGGCAGUAGGACUUGGUGCUAGAAUGCAGCCUGUUGCAUCUCAUCACUUUAUAUUGCUCAUCAGCUAGUAGCUUUGUAUUUAGGUAGGAUCCUGGGACAAUACAUAUGAUUUGUGGUCGAUAUUUAUUAGUUAAAUUGCACUGUAUUGUGGGUUGCUCACCACUUCUGUUAAAUUGGAGGAAAAUUGAUGCUAUGAGCUUCAGAUGAACUCUGUUUCGUGCU